AGUGGCUCACAGCAUUGAGUGAUAGCACUUGUCACACUUGUGCCAGUGGGGUCCCGGCCCAAUCUUCCAUGGCAGAUGUGCAAGGCUAUACACCUGCGGAGCCACAAGUUCCCUUCGAGCCCUACCGGACUCGUUGCGAAGAUGCAGAGGUAGCGGUGCGUCCGGAUCCAACCGUUUGGGGCCCUGUGAGUAGUGAGCUCGGCACGUUCGAUGAACAGGGAUGCUGUGUCCUGCGCAACGUGGUGCCCCCUGAGCGCAUCGAGGCCUGCAGAAAAUACUUGGCCACGUUCACCAGCGAAGAACAGCUCAAGGUUACAGACAACUGUCGCCUGGUCACGGAAGCAAAUUCCUCCGUGCUACGGAGUGUAUUUGCCGUCCACGAGGCCGCGUCAGCGAACCUGGCCAUUGUUUGCAACGCUCCCUUGCAUUUCUGCAGGACUUGUUUGGAGUGGCUAGCUGGAUUCUGCGAGGAUGACGGCAGUCCUCUUGCAGAACUUGCCCGAUCAGACCUAAUCACCAGGCAUGUGCAGCAGAUUCUGGCAGAUGAUGUUUAUGUGCAUCAGUCUCGCGUGAAUUUGCAAGCGCCCUUCAAGGGAACUGGCUUCUCGUGGCAUAGCGACUUUGAGACAUGGCACGCGGAAGAUGGCAUGCCGAAGCCUCGAAGCUUGUCUGCUGUGAUCUUCCUGGACAAGAAUGCAGAGCACAAUGGUGCGCUGAUGGUGAUUCCUGGGUCCCACAAGUCCUUCCUGCGUUGUUCCGGUCGUCAGAAGAAUGCAAACUGGGAGAAGUCCCUGCAAUCGCAGGUUUACGGCACGCCAUCGGAGGAUCACAUUCGCCAGCUGGCGGAGAAGCAGGGUAUCAAGCACUGUGUGGGCGAAGCCGGGGAUGUCCUGUUCUUUGACUCCAACUUGCUCCAUGCUUCCAGUGGGAACCGAUCGCCCUUCUCUCGUCGCAACCUCUUCGUGGCAUUUAACAGCUGGACCAAUCGACUACAAGCCCCAUUCUACGCCGAGGAAAAGCGGCCAGAGCACGUAGCUCACCGGGAGAGAAUCACACGCUGUGACCGAACGCCGUAGUCGGAUGCCAUGAGCAGUUGCAAGGCUUUGCCACUUGGGCCAAGACUUUGAAACAUGGGAAAUGAAGGAACAUGAGA